AUGGCCAGCAAAAAACAUUUCACUUUUGCUGGAUUACUGGUUUUGAUUUCAGUACAAUGGAUUUUGUGUGUUCCAGUGGAGGAUGAGCUUCAUGCUAGCUACUGGAACAACAAAGCCAAGCAGUCUCUUCAUGAAGCCAUGCAAAUGCAGCGUAAUGUCCACCGGGCCAAUAACAUGAUCCUCUUUUUAGGGGAUGGUAUGGGAGUACCAACAGUGACGGCUGCGCGUAUUCUCAAAGGUCAGUUGGCAGGACGGUCCGGGGAGGAGAGCAGUCUGUUUAUGGAUGCCUUUCCACACGUGGCACUGUCCAAGACGUACAAUGUGGACCAGCAGAUGCCAGACAGUGCCGGCACAGCCACAGCUUACCUGUGUGGUGUGAAAGCCAACUAUGGUACCUUGGGUCUGUCAGCUGCCGCUCCAAGGGCCAACUGUAGUGCUGCCUACGGUAAUGAAGUAACAUCUGUUCUGCAACGUGCCAAAAAAGCAGGAAAAUCCGUUGGAAUUGUCACAACGACCAGAGUGCAGCACGCUUCCCCCGCAGCAGCCUAUGCCCACGUUCCCGAACGGGGCUGGUACGGUGACACUGAUCUCACUGACGAGGCUGUCGAAAACGGCUGCCGGGACAUUGCUUACCAGCUGGUUCACAACACAGAGAUAGAUGUCAUCCUUGGUGGAGGUCGUCAGUACAUGUAUAACAACACCUUGCAAGAUCCAGAGUAUCCCUCUUCUCAAGGAGGCCGAAAUGAUGGGCGAAAUCUUAUUUCGGAGUGGACGAGCAACAAACAGAAUGCUAAAUAUGUUUGGAACAAAGCAGACUUUGAUAGCGUCAAUCCUGAAAAUACAGACUUUCUUAUGGGUCUGUUUGAACCCAAAGACUGUCGUUACGAGCUAGACCGUGAUCCAUCAAUGGACCCCUCCCUUUCAGAGAUGACAGAAAAAGCAAUUAAGAUUCUGAGCAAGAACCCCAAUGGAUUUUUCCUCUUUGUGGAAGAUAAGGGGAGAAUUGACCAUGCCCAUCAUGGAGGAACGGCUAAAAAAGCUCUCUAUGAAACCGUAGAGUUUGACGAGGCAAUUGGACGGGCAGGUGAACUCACCAGUGAACUCGACACCCUGACUGUGGUCACAGCUGACCACUCUCACGUAUUUGCUUUUGGAGGAUAUUCUCCCAGAGGAAACACCGUCUUUGGAGUGUCUAGUGCAACUGCAACUGACCACAAGCACUUCACCACAGCCGUGUAUGGGAAUGGUCCAGGAUACCAGAUUAAGGACGGAAUUAGACCUGAUAUGAACAAUUCAGUCACAAUGGACAAGGAGUACCGCCAGCAAGCUGCCAUUCCUCUUGAUUCAGAAACCCACGGCAUAGAUGACGUUGCAAUCUUUGCUAAAGGUCCCAUGUCACACCUUUUCCAUGGUGUGCAGGAGCAGAACUAUAUCGCACACGUCUUGGCCUACGCUGCCUGCAUCGAGCCCUACAACACUUGUAGCCUCACUCCAUUCAACCACGCUGCAGCAGCCCACCCAAGUGUGCUCAUGCUUAUGAUGAGUCUCCUUCUUCUUGCCCUCCGCUCCAUCUGAGAUGACA